CUGGCCGCAUGGAGCCUGAGCUGAAACACACACUGCCUGGGGUACCGGGGUCCCAGGGGGCCGGCGCUGGGAUGUAGAAAGACAACAAGCAUGUGGCCGUGUCUGCGUGUGUUUGACCCGUGCACUGUACUCUGUGGGCGUGAGCGGGCCGGAUCCGUGUAUACCCUGACCUGGAGCCACAGUGGGGGUCCAGAGAGUCAAGCACGCUCUACUAAUCAAACAGGUCCUUACAUCCUCCCAGAGAUGAGCUUCUUAGAACAAAGAGAAAACUCAUGGUUAUCACCAGCUGUGGCCACCAGCCCAGAAAGAACCCGUGCACCACGGGGCGUCAAGGCUUCCAGUUGGACCAGGCAGGAGGCUGUGCAGGAAGCAGAGCCACCAGGUUUGGGAGAAGGUGCCCAGUCGGGACCAGCUGCUGAGUCCACCAGGCAGGAAGCCACAUUCCCCAAGGCCACACCCUUGGCUCAAGCUGUUCCCUUGGCCGAAGUGGAGACCUCCCCAGCAGGGUGGGACCUCUUGCCCGACGACGGUGCAGCCUCUGCCGUGGGUUCCAACAUGAGUGACCCAGAGGCCUGGGACUGUGAGCUGGAAGGUCUGGGGGAGGACAGGCUGCGGUCCUGCCCAUCUCCACAGGCCCCGCUUCUCAGCUUGAGUUGGGAUGAUGAGCUGCAGAAGCCCGGGGCCCAAGUCUACAUGCAUUUCAUGCAGGAACACACCUGCUACGAUGCCAUGGCCACCAGCUCCAAACUGGUCAUCUUUGACACCACGCUGGAGAUCAAGAAGGCUUUCUUUGCCAUGGUGGCCAACGGUGUGAGGGCAGCCCCUCUGUGGGACAGCAAGAAGCAGAGCUUUGUAGGCAUGCUCACCAUCACAGACUUCAUCCUGGUGUUGCACCGCUACUACCGAUCCCCCCUGGUCCAGAUCUACGAGAUUGAAGAACAUAAGAUUGAGACCUGGAGGGAGAUCUACCUACAAGGCUGCUUCAAGCCUCUUGUCUCCAUCUCUCCCAACGACAGUCUGUUUGAAGCUGUCUAUACCCUCAUCAAGAACCGAAUCCACCGCCUGCCCGUCCUGGACCCGGCCUCCGGCGCUGUACUGUGCAUCCUCACGCACAAGCGGCUACUCAAAUUCCUGCACAUAUUUGGCGCCCUGUUGCCACGGCCCACCUUCCUCUGCCGCACCAUCCAAGAUCUGGGCAUUGGCACAUUCCGAGAUUUGGCUGUAGUUCUGGAAACAGCUCCGAUUCUGACCGCGCUGGACAUCUUUGUGGACCGGCGUGUUUCUGCACUGCCUGUAGUCAACGAAUCUGGUCAGGUUGUGGGCCUCUACUCCCGCUUUGAUGUCAUCCACCUGGCUGCCCAGCAAACCUACAACCACCUGGACAUGAGUGUGGGCGAAGCUUUGAGGCAGAGGACGCUGUGUCUGGAGGGGGUUCUCUCCUGCCAGCCCCACGAGAGCCUGGGUGAAGUCAUUGACAGGAUUGCACGGGAACAGGUGCACAGGCUGGUGUUGGUGGAUGAGACCCAGCAUCUUCUGGGAGUGGUCUCCCUCUCUGACAUACUUCAAGCGCUGGUGCUUAGCCCUGCUGGCAUUGAUGCCCUCAGUGCCUGAGAGUACCGGAGUCCUGAUUCCCAAGCUAUCUUCCUCACCUGAAAGUCAAUGAAAGGAUCUAGGGGAACUUGGCCUUCAUCUUCUCCCACCCAUUUGCUGGUUCUGCUCUGGUACAGGCUCUCCAGCCUUCCCUAAUUGUCCUUGCUAUACCUAUACUCCCAGAAGCCUUUGAGCAUGCCCAGUGCACCAGGAUGAUGAAAAUAAGAACAAUCGAGUCAAGCCUGAAAGUCCCGAACGAGAGGCACUGCGAUCAGCCUAGGACAAUCUGUGCACCCUGUCCCUUCUUAUGCCUUUCGUUCCAUUAGGAUCAGGGCUGAGCUCAAUGUGGCAGUGAGCAUGCAGCCUGUGAAUUUAGCUGGGAGCCUGGAAUGUUUGGUUGUUGGAUACACAUCCCAGCUCCUAGGAGCCGUGGUUGAUCUUUCCCCAUGGAAGUCACCAUUGUACCACCACCAUGCUACUCUCCUGGCACUUCCAAGCUGCUGGCAGCCAACGCUGAGUAGCCCUUGAUUCUAGAACUGCCUGCCGGGGCUGUAGGCAUUCAUCGUGGUACCCAGCGGGUAGCUAUUCCUACCUACAGCUGCUGCAGCAGUGGGACUGUCAUGGUGCCCUUUCUGGGUGCCCACAACGGGUCUACCAUUGGGGUCUACAGAAGCAUGUGGCCUUGUCAGUGCCCCUGGCAUGGUUGUACCGUGGGCUCCUCAGCUCUCCCUGCUAAACAAUGUCUGCUCCCCUCAGCGUCCCCUAUGCCCUGAUAGAUUCAGAUCCUUGAGGAUGAGCUAUCAAGAAAAAAGAAACGAAAGAGCAAGCCACAGCCCUGGAUGUCACAGGUUUACUCAAUCACUACAGCCAUUGAAAUGAACUUGUGCAAACUCCUUGUCUCCUGAGUUCAAAGACUUGAAAGAAAGUUUGCGCACUGAAUGCUAUUCUGAUACCUUUUAAUCUUUGAUUUGUGACAAAAUCAUAAGGAAAACAUUUAUUAACUAUUCACAUAGUAGGCGGAACCCAGUCUACAAAGGGGACUCUGCAGGAAACAUAGCUGAUCCUGUAAUACUGGAUGCCAUUUCUACAAUGAUCUCAGUUCACCAAGUAGAAAGAAAUUAAUCUCAGUCAAUUCUGGGUCUCGUUGUCUGCAU